AUGGGAAGGAAACACAUAGUACAGUGACUGGGUACACGGAAUUCUUAAAAGCCAACAACCAAACUCUUCAUUGAUGGGAAGUUUGUUGAGUCCAAAGCUACUGAAUGGAUUGAUAUCCACAACCCGGCCACAAAUGAAGUGGUUGGCCGUGUACCGAAAGCCACAGCCAGUGAGAUGGAGGCAGCUGUGGCUUCUUGCAAAAAGGCAUUUUGGAGCUGGUCAGAAACAUCUGUUUUGAGUCGCCAGCAAAUCUUCCUGCGUUACCAACAACUCAUCAAAGACAAUCUGAAAGAAAUUUCAAAACUCAUUACCUAUGAGCAAGGGAAGACCCUGGCUGAUGCCGAGGGAGAUGUGUUCCGAGGCCUCCAGGUGGUUGAACAUGCUUGCAGUGUGACAUCCCUCAUACUGGGAGAGACCAUGCCCUCCAUCACUAAAGACAUGGACACUUACACCUACCGCCUGCCUCUCGGCGUGUGUGCUGGAAUUGCACCGUUCAAUUUCCCCGCCAUGAUUCCUCUUUGGAUGUUCCCCAUGGCUAUGGUUUGUGGAAACACCUUCUUGAUGAAACCAUCUGAGCGUGUACCAGGAGCACUCAUGUUUCUUGCCAAGCUGUUUCAGGAUGCUGGUGCCCCUGAUGGGACCCUGAAUAUCAUCCAUGGACAGCAUGAAGCUGUGAAUUUCAUUUGUGACCACCCGGAUAUCAGAGCAAUCAGCUUUGUGGGAUCUAAUCAGGCUGGCGAGUACAUCUAUGAGAGGGGAUCCCGGAACGGCAAGAGAGUCCAGGCCAACAUGGGAGCCAAGAACCAUGGUGUGGUGAUGCCUGAUGCCAAUAAAGAGAAUACCUUGAACCAGCUGGUUGGAGCUGCUUUUGGAGCAGCUGGUCAACGCUGCAUGGCCCUGUCUACAGCAAUUCUAGUGGGAGAAGCUCAGAAAUGGUUGCCAGAGCUUGUGGACAGAGCCAAAAAUCUACGUGUAAAUGCAGGAGACCAGCCUGGAGCGGAUCUAGGGCCUCUAAUCAGUCCUCAGGCUAAGGAACGGGUUUGCAGUCUGAUUGAGAAGGGAGUAAAAGAAGGUGCCAGCCUUCUUCUGGAUGGACGUAAUAUCAAAGUGAAGGGCUAUGAAAAUGGCAAUUUUGUUGGACCAACAAUCCUUGCCAAGGUCAAGCCAGACAUGACUUGCUACAAGGAGGAGAUCUUUGGGCCGGUCUUAGUGGUUCUGGAAGCAGACACUUUGGAUGAUGCCAUUAAGAUGGUGAACAAUAAUCCCUAUGGAAAUGGAACUGCCAUCUUCACCACCAAUGGAGCCACAGCUCGGAAAUAUUCUCACUUAGUAGAUGUGGGUCAGGUGGGUGUCAAUGUUCCAAUCCCAGUACCUCUGCCCAUGUUCUCUUUCACCGGCUCUCGUGCUUCUUUCAGAGGAGACACUAACUUCUAUGGCAAGCAGGGAGUGCAGUUCUACACACAGCUGAAAACAAUCAUUUCUCAAUGGAAAGAGGAAGAUGCCACCGUUAGCAAGCCUGCUGUGGUUAUGCCAACUAUGGGAAACUAAAUCAGCCUUUACAGAUGCUGUUUUUGGUGUCCUUUUCCCUCUAUGCUGCACUUUCCAGUUUUGUUCCAACUAUAAUUUCCUUGGGAAUUACUAGAAGGCUCCAUU